AUGCGUUUCUUCUUCACUCUCGCCCUCCUUGCCGGACUAGCGUUUGGUGCCCCAAGCCUUCCGUCCGUUGAAAGGCGCGAUGCUAUCAUGGAGUUUGACAAGUUCUUCAUCGGUAGUCUGGCCCCGUACAACGGAAACUUUGUCAGAUUCUCAGUCAAACCGACGCCUGGCGCGAGCUUCACCACCUGCAUGCUCAGAGACUGGGACGGCGGCCGUAUCAUACCCACGUACGGGAGGACAGUCUGCUCUAAUGAUGGAGAGAAUGCGACGAACUCGAUCACCUGGAGCCUCCAGCCGAUGGGUACCGGGUGGCACUUUAGCUGCUGGUGGGCUUUCACGAGCCACGGCGCGGUGCUCAGUGAGGUACACCUUGGGCCGGAGAAGUUUGCGAACGUCACUUUGCCCGCACACCAGGGUGGAGGUUGGCUUAUGGAGUACGUCGGGGAUCAUUACUUCAACUUGACGGCUCGGACUGUGUGA